AUGGAAAAAGUUAAGGUUGAAUAUGAAUGGAAACCACAAAGGUGUGCGGCUUGUUGUCUGUUUGGUCAUUCGGAUACUACUUGUCCUAAAUCCUCAACUUUAAAACCUAAACAAGUUACAAUCGAUGACGAGGGGUUUGUAACCGAUAAAAGGAAAGUAGCAAAGUAUGGAUUUCCUCAAAAGAAGCAAAAGCAUAAAUUUGUCUAUAGACAAAAGAAUAGCCAUGCGGGUACUGGGCCAUCUGGAACAAUGAGUGAUGAAGGUGAACGUCAUACGGCUAAGGUAAGUUAUGGAGUUAGCAAUAGUAACUUGAAUUUAAAGAACUCUUUCUCAGUUCUGGAUCAAAUGGCUGAUGGGGAACCAAGUACGAGUAAUAGUAAGGAGGAUAGAGCAUUGGUUGACGACUUUGUAAAGCAAAACCCAACUGAGAUUUCAGAGUUCAUGAGUGCUGAAUUUGUAAAGGGGUGUUUAGAUCGUGGGAUUGGACCUCAAACUGCAGCUGCUGUUCUAGAGCCGAAACCUUUCAAGUUUGCUAAUUUCUUAGCAAGUAAGGAGGGUUUUAUUCCUUGUGUUGCUAAAGAGUGGGCUAAGGUGAUCCCGGGUAAAACUAUGUUUUCAGUGGUUAAGAAGUUGUCGGCUCUCAAGUCUCCUUUGAGACGUCUCCUGUUUAUACAGGGUAAUCUUCACAGUCGAGUUAAGGAGGUUAGAUUGAAGCUGGAUGGCAUUCAAAAGGCGAUUGACGCGAACCCUUUGGACAUGGCUCUUAGAGAAUCUGAAUCUAGGUGUAUUCAGGAAUUUAAUUCUGUGUCGUAUGACGAAGAAUGUUUUCUAAAGCAAAAAUCUAAGGCAGAAUGGCUAGCAGCAGGUGACUCAAAUACUAAAUUCUUCCAUAAUUGUGUGAAAAUGAGAAAUGCGUGUAGUAAGAUUCAUAGUAUUCAAGAUGUUCAUGGGAACAAGUUUAAAGGAAAUGAUGUUUUUGGUGUUCUGGUCUCGCAUUACUCGAAUUUUUUGGGCACCCAGGAUCAAGUUGUGAAGCUGGUGAAUAAUGAUUUAUUCUCUAAUGUUCUUGACUCGAAUGUCGCUAGCUAUAUGAUUAGGCAGGUUACUCGUGAGGAGGUAAAAAGUGCUAUGUUCUCCAUAGGAGAAAAUAAAGCUCCGGGCCCGGAUGGCUACACUUCUGCGUUUUUCAAAAACUCUUGGGAGAUUGUGGGUGAUGAGGCCCUUCCAGGUGCGCGUUUAAAAAUUGAUAUACAGAAGGCCUAUGAUACAGUGAGCUGGUCAUUUCUUGAGGAUAUUCUACAUGCGUUUGGGUUUCACCAAAAGAUGGUUAAAUGGAUCAUGGUUUGUGUUACGAAUGUCUCUUAUUCGCUGAGCAUUAAUGGCAACCUAUAUGGGUAUUUCAAGGGUAAACGUGGUCUCCGGCAAGGUGAUCCUAUAUCUCCUUAUCUGUUUACUCUAGUCAUGGAGGUUCUCACGUUGUUAUUAAAGAAGGCAGCCUAUUCUAAUAAUGCAUUUCGAUUCCACCUCUAUUGUAAAAAACAGAAAAUAAUUAACGUUUCUUUUGUUGAUGAUCUGUUUUUAUUCGCUAAUGGGGAUGUGGCGUCGGUUAGGAUUCUUCGGGAUACUCUCCAGUUGUUUACAAGUGCCUCGGGUUUAGUUCCAAGUUUGCCGAAAAGUACAGUUUAUUUUGGUAAUGUUCCUCACUCUAUUAAGCAGGAAAUUCUCAAUAUUAUGCCGUUCCAAGAGGGAUCGCUUCCAGUUCGGUAUUUGCGUGUUCCAUUAAUUUCAACAAAGCUCUCUUAUAAAGAUUGCAAAAUUUUAGUUGAUAAAAUGGUGAAGAAGAUCGAUAAUUGGAUGACGAGAACCUUGUCCUUUGCUGGUAGACUUCAGCUGGUCAAUUCUGUCCUCUCUGCAAUGCAUAUUUAUUGGGCUACUGUUUUCAUAUUGCCAGCUAAAAUUGUUAAUGAUCUUGAAAGAUGUAUGCGUGCAUUGGUCAGGAAGUCGCUCUGGGUUCAAUGGAUCCAUAUGUAUAAGCUUAAAGGCAGGAGUUUCUGGGAGGUCCCUAGCCGAGGCUGCAUGACUUGGGGUUGGAGAAAGCUACUCGCAAUUCGGAGCUUGAUCCGUCCUUAUUUGUGGUCUUCAAUUGGUAAUGGGUCUCAAACGAAUAUAUGGAGUGAUAUGUGGUGUGAUCAAUGUCCUCUGCGUAGUUUUAUUAGCCCGAGACGCAUCUCUAAUGCUGGUUUUAAUCUUCAAUCUACGGUUGCUGAGAUGGUGUCUCACAAUGGGAAUUGGAGGUGGCCGAUUGCUUGGUAUGAUUUAUAUCCAGUUUUAAUCAAUGUCCAGGUUCCUAUUCUUCAUGACAGGCAGGAUCGGUUGAUAUGGAAAGACCUUGAUGGCAAUUCUCGUCAGUUUUCUUCUUGGGAGGUUUGGAAUAAUAUUCGCUAUGACAGAGAUUCAAGAGACCAUUUAUUCUUUGAAUGUUCGUUUGAUUUGGAGGUUUGGAAUAACAUUAAGGUGUUAACCAACAUGGAGAGUGUUAAUGGUACUUGGGCUGAAGUUAUGUCUUGGAUGAACCAGAAUUCGAAUAUGCAGAUGCCGGAAAAUAUUAUCAGCCGAUUGGUAGUUUCAGCUGCUUCUUAUCUUGUCUGGCAAGAAAGAAAUAAUAGGCUGUUCACUAGAAACAAGCGUACGGUGAUGGUGAUUGCUCGUGAGACCAUUUGGACGGUUAGAUUGCGCCUUUUGACUUUCAAAUUCAAGUGGAGACCUGGCCUUCGAAGUGUUCUUGAGAAAUGA